AUGGACAUCUUUGGAGACCAUUAUUGUGCUUUCCACGCCAUCUCCUCAGAUGCUACCAACUUGUAUGUUCCUGCCUCCCUGCCUCUGUUUAUCUCCUCACUUCAACUUGGAAUGCCUUUCCUUUUAACUUCAUAUAAUCUCAUUAUGUCCCAGAGGGUCUGUGUGCAGCUGGUGGCAGGGCCCUAUGCCAUGGCUUUUAUAAGUACAAUGACCAAUACAGUUCUCACUUUUUGCUUACCUUUCUGUGGUUCAAAUGUUAUCAAUCACUUCUGUGACAUUUCACCACUGCUGUCCCUAGCAUGUGCAGAGACCCAGAACAAUAGGUUGGUGCUUUUCAUCUUGGCUGGAGCUAUUGUGUUCUUCAGUGGCAUGAUCAUCGCCAUCUCCUAUGUGUGCAUCCUGGUGGCCAUCCUGAAGAUCCAGACUGCUGAUGGGAGGCAGAAAGCUUUCUCCACGUGUUCUUCUCACCUGACAGCCAUCUGCAUCCUUUAUGGAGCUCUUUUUUUUAGCUAUGUUCUUCCUGAGUCAGGUUCCUCCCUAGAUAUCAAUAAAGUGAUUUCUCUGUUUUAUACUGUGGUCAUCCCCAUGCUGAACCCCCUCAUCUACAGUGUGAGGAACAAGGAUAUAAAAAGUGCAUUCAGAAGCAACUUUGAAAGAAAAAUGCAGUAA